AUGGUCACGUGCGCCUACGCUUUGGAGCUGCUGGGGAUGCUGGUAUACAUCGGAGCAUGGCUGUGUGCUUUAGCCACCACCAUCCUCCCUCAGUGGCUCACCAUGUCCACUGCUCUGCUGCCUGUGGAGAGCUACGAGCUGGGCCUGUGGGAGACCUGCGUGGUGCAGGAUGUCGGGGGGAUGGAGUGUAGAGCCUAUGACAGCCUGCUGGGCCUCUCCAGUGACCUCAAACUGGCCCGCAUUCUCAUGUGUGCCUCCUUAGCUGUGGGCAUGCUGGGAAUCCUUGUGGCCAUACCUGGACUUUACCUGGUGAACAGCUGCAGGGAGCACCAGGGCUACAGAUCCAAGAAGACUAUGACCAUCAUAGGAGGUGUGCUUGGUAUGGUUUCUGGGGUUCUGUGUCUGAUCCCUGUUUCCUACAUGGCUCAUAUAGCUGUCAUACAUUUCUUCGAUGAUAAAGUACCGGAUGUGGUUCCACGGUGGGAGUUUGGAGACGCUCUCUUCUGCGGCUGGGUUGGAGGGUUUCUGCUCAUAGUGGCCGGACUGCUCCUGGUCUCCUCCUGUGUAUGCUCACAGGCAGAGGAUGAACCGAUGCUGCAGAGGAGACAUCAUCUCAUAGGGGCAGAUGUUUCCUUCAGGAAGCGCUCAGAGUAUGUUUGA